CCGCCGACCAGCCCCCUGAGGCGCCGCGGACGGCGAGCCAUGGAGGCGGCGGAAGCGAGCCUGUUGCGCCAGUUCCCGUUGCUUCUGCCCCAGAACCGAGCGAAAACCGUGUAUGAAGGAUUCAUUACUGCUCAGGGAAGAGACUUCCAUCUUAAAAUAUUGUUGCCUGAAGAUUUGCAGCUGAAGAAUGCAAGAUUACUAUGUAGUUGGAAGCUGAGGACAAUACUUUGUGGAUACCACCAAAUAAUACAACAAAGAAUGAAGCACUCCCCUGAUCUAAUGAGCUUUAUGAUGGAGUUGAAGAUGGUCUUGGAAGUUGCUUUAAAGAAUAAACAAGAAAUACAUGCACUACCUCCCCCUCCCCAGUUCUACUCAAGCCUUAUUGAAGAAAUAGGAAUUCUUGGUUGGGAUAACCUUGUAUAUGCGGAUUCUUGCUUCAGUACCAUCAAGUUAAAAGCUGAGGAUGCUUCUGGUAGAGAGCAUCUAAUCACUCUCAAGUUGAAGGCAAAGUACCCUGUGGAAUCACCAGAUUGUUUUGUGGAUUUUCCUGUUUCAUUUUCUGUUUCCUGGACUCCACAGAGUUCCCUAAUAAGCAUUCAUAGUCAGUUUUUGGCAGCAUUGGAAUCACUGAAGACAUUCUGGGAUGUUAUGGAUGAAAUCGAUGAGAAAACUUGGGUACUUGAACCAGAAAAACCUACUCGGAGUGCAACGGCACGCAGAAUUGCAGUAGGGAAUAAUGCUUCCAUACAUAUUGAGGUGGACCCCAAGCACCCCACUAUGCUUCCCGAGUGCUACUUCCUUGGAGCUGACCAUGUGGUGAAACCCCUAGGAAUUAAGCUGAGCAGAAACAUACAUUUGUGGGAUCCAGAAAAUACUCUAUUACAAAAUUUGAAAGAUGUUUUAGAAAUCGAUUUCCCAGCUCGUACUAUCCUAGAAAAAUCUGAUUUUUCUAUGGAUUGUGGAAUUUGUUAUGCUUAUCAACUUGAUGGUGCCAUUCCUGAUCAAGUGUGUGAUUAUUCUCAGUGUGGGCAGCCUUUCCAUCAAAUAUGCUUAUAUGAGCUCCUGCAUUACUAUACUAGUUCAUUCCAGAUGUCCAUGUGCUUCAUUUUUUCAUCAUGUCCAGAAUACAUUCAUGGACUACUAUUGACACAUAAAUUCAAUUGAUGGUACACUAGAAUCUUUCAGGAAACACCUCAUGUAACCACAUGCAAACUGUAGACUCACCUAGUUGGGGGUGGUAGUGGCAAUAAGGUGAAGGGGAACUAGCACUGUGGAGCAUCUAUUACUUUUCAGGCUAGAUUUAAGUAUAGAAUAAUCUUAAGUUUGAUAAUUGAGAAUACAUUUUGUGAUCUGAAUAUCUCACAUCACUCUUAGUGACAUUUUAUUUGCUAUAUGUGAAGACUGCUUUCAUUUCUGUCUCUCAUCAUUUGCUCUGUAUAGCAUUCAUCUUAGUGCACAGUUGACAUAUGUUAAAUUAUAUGUGCAUCAAUAUACAAAACACCUUGCAGUUGUAUGGUGCUUUCAAUUUUCUAAGUCUUCCAUAGUAAUACUACCUGGUUUUAACAAGGAAGAACUGAGUUAGAGAUAUCAGUUUACCUUAUAUAAAAAUCAUGUCAGUUCUAAUUAUAGAGAUACUCUUAAGGGAACAUGUGUUUUCUUUUAUAAUAAUGAAUUAUUCAUUUAGUUUUUUAAAAUGAACUGUCUAAUGCUGGUAACAAAUGGUUGAGAAUUAACCCACUAUUGGUGAUUAACACCAGAAUUAAGACUUCACUUUUCAAGAGUUUAUGGUAUCUUUCACCGCAUUAGGUCUUAAGUUGCAAUUAAUGUCUGUAGGUAGAUCUGUGAGCCCCAUAGACCCAUAUGCAUUAUUUGUGUGUUUCAGGGAUAGAAAAGAUGAAUAAUUUCCAUCAAAAUCUUACCGGGGUCCAUAAUUUGGUUAUGCAGCACUGGGUAUAAACCUUGAAAUCCAUGUUGGUUUCCCUUGUUAUUCCACAUAUUAGUAGUCUAACAU